AUGUGUCGCAUCCUAUUCUUUGCGUUUAUGGCUUUGGUAUACCAAAUGGAAGCAUUCAAUAUCUCCCCGCAUCCGAGCCUAGUGAUAAAUUAUCCAUCGCAUUUGAAUACCUCCCAAAGGCGAAGCUCAUAUUUUGGAUAUUCUCUCGUAAUCCGUCCUACCAGCGUCAUAGUGGGAGCUCCUCGUUCUGAAUCCACCUUGCCCUUGCAGAAGAAUAUCGACGAGCCGGGGGCGAUAUUCAAAUGCAACCUGACGAGCGGUUCCUGCAGUCCGUAUGUCCUGGAUCCGCGAGGAGAUGUCGACAACUAUAACUCAAAGUGCACCACCAACAACUUUGAGAGCAAGGGCUUCCAGUGGCUGGGAGGCUCCAUGGACGGCGGAACCAGGGACACGGAUAAGUUGAUCGUGUGCGCUCCCCGCUUAUACGCCCGCAGCUACGAGAGGGUCCACAUGAUUGGAACUUGCUACUGGGUAAAGGACACACAUGGGCACACUUCCGACCACGUCACUCGAAUCUCCCCACUCCGCUUAAAGUCGAAGCAGUUGAUCGAGGGCAACGUAAAGAAGGGCAUAUUGGGAAAAUACGUUUAUAUGAAUGGCGAGAUGGGACUGAGUGCCCAUGUGCCGGAGGAUAACUCCAGAUUUCUAAUUGGAGCCCCGGGCAUUGAUAAUUGGAAAGGAUCGAUCAUCCUGGACUAUCCAGAGGACAAUUCUGAAAAUCACCUUAUGGAAAAGGACUUUGCAAAAACUUGUCACUUGGAGCACAAUAAAACGAAAAUUCCCGAGACGCAGAGUUGGCAGGAGGAGGACUCAUACUUUGGCUAUGCCGUGAGCUCCGGUUACUUCGACAGCGCCAGCCCGAACACCCUGCUCUACGUGGCCACCGCUCCCCAGGCCAACGUACAGGCCGGCGGGGCCUAUAUAUUUGAUUUUACGGAUAACGGACGCAGCAUCCAAAAGAUAAAAGACUUCUAUGGAGAACAAUUCGGAGAAUAUUUUGGCUACUCCGUUUUGGCGGAGGACCUUAAUGGCGACGGAAGAACUGACGUCAUCGUAUCAGCGCCCCAGCACGCUCUGGCGGAUUCCCAAGACAUCGGAGCCAUCUACGUGUUUAUCAACAAGGGCUCUUAUGAGUUCGAGGAGACGAUUAUUCAUUCGCCAGGGGGCAGUAAGGGCCGGUUUGGAACUACCCUAUCCCGAAUAGGCGAUAUCAAUCAAGAUGGGUUCAACGACGUGGCCGUGGGAGCCCCCUUUGCCGGCAACGGAUCGGUGUUCAUCUAUCUGGGCAGCGAAGAGGGCUUGCAGGAGCAGCCGAGCCAGCGACUGGAUGCUCCCUCCCAGCGGGAUUCAUUUUACGGAGCGCACAUGUUUGGUCAUGGUUUAUCCCGCGGAUCGGACAUAGAUGACAACGGCUUCAACGAUUUCGUUAUCGGAGCCCCCAAUGCGGAGGUCUCUUAUCUGUAUAAGGCCUAUCCCGUGGUAAGAGUAAUUGCAGAGCUUAGGCCGGAAUCGCGAGAGGUCAAACAGGGGAAGGACAAGAUCACCAUCGCCGCCUGUUACAGACUGGAUACUAAGGCCAAGAAGAUGCAGGAGCAGGAGCUUAACAUACGCAUUUCUAUAGACAAACAGCUGGGAAGGGCUAAAUUCCCCGAAAGCCAGACCGACGAGAUCUGCUUCCAAGCAACUGCGGGUCUUAAAGAAAUUUGCAGAGAGUUUAAAAUUAAAUUGCGCUUUGGCAGCGUGUUCACGCCCAUCGUUCUGGAGAUGCACUACGAAUUGACGAACAAGGUUUCCGACUCUGAGGAGUUUUGCGAAACCUGCGCUUUAGUUGAUCCCCAGGAACCGACGGUCUCCUCGCAGAAGAUUAUCUUCAGCACGGGCUGUGCCGCCGAUGUUUGUAUUGCAGAUCUGCAGUUGAGGAGCAAGAAUGUGAGCCCCACUUACGUACUGGGAAGUGCCGAUACCCUGCGCAUCGACUACAAGAUCACCAACAACGGAGAGAACGCGUACCUUCCCCAGUUCAACGUCACCAGCACAUCCAGCCUAGCUUUCGCCCAGGUUCCUGGCAACUGCAGGGUCACCGAGGCCGUCAUGACGUGCGACCUGAACCACGGACGACAUCUGGCCAAAAGUGACAGCGACUCCGUUACCAUCAGUUUCGAUGUGAGCAAACUCAGCGGACAGUCGCUGAUCAUCCACGCAGAAGUGUUCAGCGCGGGCCUCGAGAAGAAUCCCACGGACAACAAGCAGACCAACGCGAUUGGGCUGAAGGAGUUCACCGAAAUAGAUGCCAGCGGCGGUCACACAAACGAUCGAAUUGUUCUCAAAAAGGCCCCUAAUAUCACGGAGGUCGUCAACCAAUACGAGAUUAAGAGCCGCGGCCCCAGUACCAUUGAAGAGUUAACGGUGGCCCUUUACAUACCCGUAGCCUAUAAGACGGAUGAAUCCGUAAAGGCUAAACCCAUAAUUGACGUAUCCAGCCUAAAGCUGCAGGUCAAGUACGAUUCCCAGGCGCCACCCGUAAAAGUCUACGAUCAGAACAAUGGCGUUUUAUCCGCGACCCGAAAGCGUAGGGAUGUGGAGCGCCUGAAAGGCGUCCAAGAGAUCAGUGCUGGGAUAUCCAACGUCCAGGACAACGCGGAGGAGAGUCUGCCGAUCAGCAACACCAUUGUGUUCAACUGCCAGGACACCAACAGUACGAUUUGUUUAAGAGCCGAGAUGCGCCUUAAAUUCAGGCCGCAUAAACCAAUUAACCUGAACAUAAGGUUUAACCUGGAUCUGAACGAGAUGAGGGAUGACUGGGAGUACUUUGUCAUAAAGACUGAUCUGAGACUGCUGAAGAAGGGCGAUCCCACCUCCAGUUCGCUGAAGAUUAAUAAGAGGAUCAAAUCGAAUGUGAUAUCCAAUCAUUCUGAAGUAUCGCGUUGGAACAUUAUAUUGUCUGUGAUCGGAGGAAUUCUGUUGCUCUCAGCAAUAAGUUAUACUCUUUACAAGCAUGGAUUCUUCGAACGCGCGAAGAAGGAAGAACUAAAGAAAUUAAUACGACAGAGUGUUGAGGCGCUUGAGGUGGCGGAGGAUGAGGAGGCGGAGGAUGAGGAGGCGGAUGACAUGGAUCAGUUUCUGGGGGAAGUUAUAUGA